CAUUUUUCUCAAAUCUGACAGCUUGAUGUGGACGACGUCCGUGUCGGGCUUUUCGUAAAAUCAAUCGGGUAAAGUUCAUACAACCUACGAAAAACGUCGGUCUGGUUGCGCCGUAAAGCGGAAAUCGUUUCAACCGUGUUCCGUAGUGGAGACUUCGUGAAUUCGCGCACCCGUUAAGCGACGUUCCAGCUUCCGGUGAUGGCAUUUUCGGUGCUCAGUUCGGCGGCCAAGAAAGCUGCUUCGAAUGUUUAUGUAACCAAUGUUUUGCUGAAGAAUGUCGGCGCUUUAUAUAAUUCCCAGCAAGUCCGGAACGCCGGCAAAUGGUUCCCGGAUGCGGAGUUCAUCCAGCAGUUCAAUUCGGCCGUGAUGUAUCCGGAUGAUGUAACAUCCAAGUGGAAGAUCCCCCCGUGGAACAGCAAGAUUGCCCCGGUCGAGAAGACAGUUCGAAAUGUGAAAUUGAACUUUGGACCGCAGCAUCCGGCCGCUCACGGUGUGCUUCGAUUGGUUCUGGAGCUGGACGGUGAAACGGUUAUGCGUGCUGAUCCGCACAUCGGCCUGUUGCACCGUGGAACCGAGAAACUCAUCGAGUACAAAACGUACACCCAGGCGCUGCCCUAUUUCGAUCGUUUGGAUUACGUCUCGAUGAUGUGCAAUGAGCAAUGCUUCUCGUUGGCCGUGGAGAAAUUGUUGAACAUCGAUAUCCCGUUGCGGGCCAAGUACAUCCGUGUCCUGUUUGGCGAAAUCACUCGCAUUUUGAACCACAUCAUGGCCGUCGGAACUCACGCUCUUGAUGUGGGUGCUUUGACACCGUUUUUCUGGCUUUUCGAGGAACGUGAGAAGAUGAUGGAGUUCUACGAGCGUGUAUCUGGAGCCCGUAUGCAUGCGGCUUAUAUCCGACCGGGUGGUGUUUCGCAGGAUAUGCCGUUGGGUUUACUCGAUGAUAUCUACGAGUUUUCAUCCAAAUUUGCCGAACGUUUGGAUGAGGUUGAAGAUGUGCUGACUACCAACCGUAUUUGGGUUCAACGUACCCAAGAUAUUGGAAUCGUAACAGCGGAAGAUGCGCUGAAUUAUGGUUUCAGUGGCGUAAUGCUACGAGGAUCCGGUAUCAAAUGGGAUCUUCGAAAGUCUCAACCAUAUGAUGCGUACCAUCUGGUGGACUUUGAUGUCCCGAUCGGAACCAAGGGCGAUUGCUACGAUCGGUAUUUGUGCCGCGUUGAAGAGAUGCGUCAAUCGCUUCGUAUUAUCGAUCAAUGCCUGAAUCAAAUGCCAGCCGGAGACAUAAAAACCGAUGACGCCAAGCUUACUCCGCCGUCCCGUGGGGAAAUGAAGAACUCGAUGGAGGCACUGAUCCAUCACUUUAAGCUCUUCUCCCAAGGAUACCAGGUUCCGCCCGGUUCGACCUACACGGCCAUUGAAGCACCCAAGGGAGAAUUUGGCGUAUACUUGGUUUCCGAUGGUUCCAGCAAGCCGUACCGUUGCAAGAUCAAGGCUCCAGGAUUUGCCCAUCUGGCUGCAUUGGACAUGGUUGGAAAACACCACAUGUUGGCCGACGUGGUAGCAAUUAUCGGAACUUUGGACGUGGUAUUUGGGGAGAUCGAUCGUUAGUACGAUGUUUAGCAAUACGAACAUGAUUGAAACGAACGUGUAAACGACUUCUAAAGAAUGUUAAUAAAAUUCAUUUUGGAAACAUCAAA